GAAGCGGGCGGAGGACUGCGCGGGGUGCGCUCGGAGCGCGGGCUGCGGCGGGGACCGGGCGGCGGCGGCGUGCCCCGCUGGGCUCCCGGGCACUUGCCCGGCUCUUUGCGCGCUCCUGGGCACCAGCUCCGCUGACACUCCGCACCGGGCCGCCCGGAGCCGCUGGACGCGCGCCGACCGCAGGUCCCAGGGGGACGCGGCUCUUGGGGACACCGCACCGGGCUGGAAGAUCGAAGGAAACAGAAGACCUUCAAACUGGAUUUUUAAAUUGUUGAACAUUAAUAAUGGACCACAAAUUGCAGAAUCUAAUCCUGAAUAAAGUCCUCCUAAAAGCAAAUUUCAAAUCACAAAAGAAAGAAAAUUGAUCUACCACCUUAAAAUUUUUCUCUAAAACAUAUUCCUGUAGGAAAUUACAACUGGAAAGAUUUAUUUGGUUUUCAAUGCACCUGAAUGAAAGGAAUUGUCAGCUUGUUUCUGAGAAGGACUGGGAUUAUCUGAGAUUAUUCGUCUGAUAGAAAUCUUGACAUGGUCAACAGGGAGGAGGAAGCAGAGGAGUAGCCAGCUGGUCAGGAUGACUUCUGAAGAGAUGGAAGCUUCCGUUCUCAUCCCAGUGACUCAGAGAAAAGUGUCUGCCCAGUCAGCUGCAGAGGAAAGGGCCACAGACACCACUAUACCAAUGGCGCAUGCUGUCAGGCAGGGUGUGCAGAUUCCGAAUGCCAUCUCACGGUGGAACAAACCUAAAGCAGAAUCUUCUGGAAGUGAUUUGCCCAAGGUUGUCUCAAUAGCAAGGGAGAAAAUAGUAAGUGACGAGAACCACAAUGAAAAAUGCUGGGAGAAAAACGUGCCGGAUUCUGUGGAAAACCACAACAUUAACUGUGAAAGCUUAUUGCAAAACCAGCAUGGCCUUCCUCAGAGCCAGCUAUGUGAAAUGUGUGACUCUGUCACCAAGGAAGGUCUGAGUUUGGAAACUGGAAUUCCUUCUCCACUGGAAAGAAAGGUGUUCCCUGGAAUUCAACUGGAAAUGGAUGAUCCUCCCAUGGAUAUAAGCCCUUUGGGAAAUCAGUCUGGGAUCCUAGAGACCAGCAGCCCCCACCCUGACAGCAAUAUGGCCUUAUUUCAUCUCCAUUAUGAAGUUGACAGAAGAAUGUCAGGCACUUUACAUACCCUGUCAGAAAACUUUAUUUUGGAUGAUUGUGGAAAUUGUGUUACACUUCCUGAGGGACAGCAAAAGAAAAACUUCAUGGCGUAUACUUGUAAACUGAUGGAAUUGGCGAAGACCUGUGGUAAUAAGAAUGGGCAGCUGUGGUGUGACCAUUGCAACACGUUGCAUGAUAAAUACCUGUGCUUUGAAAGGUCCCGCCCGAAGGUCAGUGUGGUCUGCUCAAGCGAGAGUUUUUGCAGGGAUGGUUUUGCUCACAAUCUACCUGCCAAGACUUUUCUGAACUCUUUGGAGGAUUUCUCGGGUAAUUGUGAAGAUGUAGAGGAAGACUUUUUCAAAAACAAAAAGGAGCGGUCCACUUUGUUAGUAAGAAGAUUUUGUAAAAAUGACAGAGAAGUUAAGAAAUCUGUGUAUACUGGGACACGAGCAAUUGUGAGAACUCUUCCUUCUGGCCACAUUGGACUGACUGCUUGGAGCUAUGUCGAUCAGAAGAGAAACAGUCUCUUGCCACCUUGUGGGAAAGUAAUGGACCCUCCAUCAACCAUGAACAUAAGGCAGAGCGGGAGCCAACGACUGUCAGAAACCCAGUGGCAUUUGAUCUACAAUGCAGUAAGGCAAGGAGAAGAAACAGAAGAUACAGUUGGAUCUCUUCUCCAUUGCUUCACAAAGCUCCCAGCCUCAGAGCCAGCCCUUGGAAGGAUUAGAGAUGGUCUGUGCUUAAAGCGAUGUGUCCGAGACACCUUAUGUGAGUACCGUGCCACGCUCCAAAGAACAUCCAUUUCUCGGUACGUCACCGGCUCUCUCCUAGAGGCAACCACCUCUUUGGGAGCAAGAAGUGGCCUUCUCAGUACUUUUGGAGGAUCUACUGGACGAAUGAUGCUGAAAGAACGCCAACCAGGCACCUCUAUGGCCAAUUCCAGUGUUCUCCCUUCAAGUUCAGCUGGGAUCAGCAAGGAACUGAUCGAUCUCCAGCCCCUCAUUCAGUUCCCCGAGGAAGUCGCCAGCAUCCUGACAGAGCAGGAGCAGAGCAUUUACCGCAAGGUCCUGCCCAUGGACUACCUUUGUUUCUUAACCCAGGACCUAGGCUCCCCUGAAUGCCAGAGGUCCCUGCCCUGCCUGAAAGCAUCCAUCUCAGCAUCGAUUCUCACCUCUCAGAAUGAUGAGCACAACACCCUUGAAGACCUCUUGAUGAGAUUUAAUGAGGUGAGCUCCUGGGUGACAUGGCUUAUCCUCACGGCGGGCUCUAUGGAGGAGAAGCGGGAAGUCUUCUCGUAUUUGGUGCAUGUGGCCAAAUGCUGCUGGAACAUGGGCAACUAUAAUGCUGUCAUGGAGUUCUUGGCUGGCCUCAGGUCAAGAAAAGUUUUAAAAAUGUGGCAGUUCAUGGACCAGUCUGAUAUUGAGACCAUGCGGAGCCUGAAGGAUGCCAUGGCUCAACAUGAGUCUUCCGUGGAAUACAAGAAGGUGGUGACCCGGGCCCUGCACAUCCCUGGCUGCAAGGUGGUUCCCUUCUGUGGGGUGUUUCUGAAGGAGCUCUGUGAAGUGCUUGAUGGAGCCUCCGGCCUUCUGAAGCUCUGCCCACGGUAUAACUCCCAAGAAGAAGCUCUAGAGUUUGUUGCCGAUUAUAGCGGACAAGAUAAUUUCUUACAACGAGUGGGACAGAAUGGCCUAAAGAAUUCAGAGAAAGAGUCCACGGUCAACAACAUCUUUCAGAUCAUCAGGAGCUGCAGCCGAAGCUUGGAGACGGAGGAGGAGGAUAGCUCCAGUGAGGGCAACAGCUCUAGGAAAAACUCCUUGAAGGAGAAAACCCAGUGGCAGUUUAUAAUUGGAGAUUUGCUGGAUUCAGAAAAUGACAUCUUUGAGCAGUCCAAAGAAUGUGACCCUCAUGGAUCAGAGGAGUCACACAAAGCCUUUGACCAUGGGACAGAGCUCAUCCCUUGGUAUGUGCUGUCCAUCCAGGCUGAUGUGCACCAGUUCCUGCUGCAGGGAGCUACGGUCAUCCACUAUGACCAGGACACACACCUCUCUGCCCGCUGCUUUCUCCAGCUGCAGCUUGACAAUAGUACCUUGACCUGGAUGAAGCCUCCCACCACCUCCCCAGCUGGUGCAAGACCUAAGCUUGGUAUGCUUAGUAACAUGGCUGAGCCUGGCAAGUUCCCAUCACUGGGCAGUGCUGGGUUGAGCAGCCUGACAGAGGGGAUCCUGGAUCUGUUUUCAGUGAAGGCUGUGUACAUGGGACACCCUGCCAUUGAUAUACACACUGUAUGUGUUCAGAACAAACUGAGCAGCAUGCCUCUGUCAGAGACGGGGGUGACCCUGCUCUACGGGCUUCAGACAACUGACAAUCGAUUAUUGCACUUUGUGGCACCAAAACACACAGCUAAAAUGCUUUUCAGUGGAUUGCUGGAACUCACUACAGCUGUGAGAAAGAUAAAAAAGUUCCCUGACCAAAGACAACAGUGGCUUCGGAAACAGUAUGUCAGCCUCUAUCAGGAGGAUGGUCGGUAUGAAGGCCCAACUUUGGCUCAUGCUGUGGAGUUGUUUGGUGGCAGACGAUGGAGCACUAGAAACGCCAGCCCUGGGAUAUCAGCAAAGAAUGCCGAAAAGCCCAACAUGCAGAGAAACAAUACCCUGGGCAUAAGCACCACCAAGAAGAAGAAGAAAAUGCUCAUGAGGGGAGAGAGUGGAGAGGCAACUGAUGACGAGAUGGCAACCCGCAAGGCCAAAGUCUACAGAGAGUGUCGAAGCCGAAGCGGCUCUGAUCCUCAAGACAUAAACGAACAGGAAGAGUCGGAGGUGAACGCUACCACUAACUCUCCUAACCCCCUCCAUUCCAGAAGAGCCCACUCUCUGACCACAGCUGGAUCCCCCAACUUGUCUGCCGGGAUGUCAUCUCCCAUCAGUUCGUGGAGCAGCAGCAGCUGGCAUGGGCGAAUCAAAGGCGGAAUGAAGGGGUUCCAGAGCUUCAUGGUCUCAGAUAGUAACAUGAGUUUCGUUGAAUUUGUUGAGCUAUUCAAAUCAUUCAGUGUAAGGAGCCGCAAGGACCUGAAGGACAUCUUUGACAUCUACUCUGUACCCUGCAAUCGAUCUGGCUCUGAAUCAGCGCCGCUCUACACCAACCUGACAAUUGAGGAAAAUACCAGUGACCUUCAGCCUGACCUCGAUUUGCUCACCAGAAACGUCUCAGACUUGGGGCUGUUUAUUAAGAGUAAACAGCAGCUCUCUGACAACCAGAGGCAGAUAUCUGAUGCAAUUGCUGCUGCAAGUAUUGUGACAAAUGGCACUGGCAUCGAGAGCACAUCCCUGGGCAUAUUUGGGGUUGGCAUACUCCAACUCAACGACUUCCUGGUGAACUGCCAAGGUGAACACUGCACAUAUGAUGAAAUCCUCAGCAUCAUCCAGAAAUUCGAACCUAGCAUCAGUAUGUGUCAUCAGGGCCUAAUGUCAUUUGAAGGUUUUGCAAGGUUUCUGAUGGAUAAAGAUAAUUUUGCCUCAAAAAAUGAUGAGUCACAGGAAAACAAGAAAGAAUUGCAACUACCCCUCUCCUACUAUUACAUUGAAUCUUCACACAAUACCUACCUCACGGGCCAUCAGCUCAAAGGAGAGUCCUCAGUAGAACUCUACAGCCAGGUCCUCUUGCAAGGCUGCAGGAGCAUAGAGCUGGACUGCUGGGAUGGAGACGAUGGAAUGCCCAUUAUUUAUCAUGGACAUACACUGACCACCAAGAUCCCAUUCAAGGAGGUGGUGGAAGCCAUUGAUCGUAGUGCCUUCAUCACCUCUGACCUACCAAUCAUCAUAUCCAUUGAGAACCACUGUUCAUUGCCUCAGCAACGAAAAAUGGCAGAAAUUUUCAAGAAUGUAUUUGGAGAAAAGCUGGUGGCUAAAUUCUUAUUUGAGACUGAUUUCUCAGAUGAUCCAAUGCUUCCCUCACCUGAUCAACUUAGGAGGAAAAUACUUCUUAAAAAUAAGAAGCUAAAGGCCCAUCAGACACCAGUGGACAUCUUAAAGCAAAAGGCUCAUCAGUUAGCAUCUAUGCAAGCACAGGCUUACAACGGUGGGAAUGCCAACCCUCUGCCCACCAAUAACGAGGAAGAAGAAGAUGAAGAGGAUGAAUAUGAUUACGAUUAUGAAUCCCUUUCUGAUGCAGAUGUCCUUACUGCUUCCCCUGCUCCUAAGGGUCAGGAAGACAACAUUCUAGAAGACAGACCUGAAAACAAAUCAUGUGCUGACAAGCUUCAGUUUGAGUAUAAUGAAGAAAUCCCAAAAAGAAUAAAGAAAGCAGAUAACUCUUCUUGCAACAAAGGGAAGGUGUAUGACAUGGAGCUGGGAGAAGAGUUUUAUCUUCCUCAGAAUAAAAAGGAAAGCAGACAGAUUGCACCAGAGCUCUCUGACCUUGUCAUCUAUUGCCAAGCAGUAAAAUUCCCCGGCCUGUCAACUCUAAAUUCAUCUGGCUCUAGCAGAGGAAAAGAAAGGAAAAGCAGGAAGUCCAUUUUUGGCAACAAUCCUGGCAGAAUGAGCCCAGGGGAGACAGCAUCACUUAACAAAACAUCUGGAAAAAGUUCCUAUGAAGUAAUACGGCAAACCUGGGAGGAAUCUUCCCCACUCAACCCAACCACAUCCCUCAGCGCUAUCAUCAGGACUCCCAAAUGCUAUCAUAUCUCAUCACUGAAUGAAAAUGCCGCCAAACGUCUGUGUCGUAGGUAUUCUCAAAAACUGAUCCAGCACACAGCCAGUCAGCUGCUGAGGACGUACCCUGCCGCCACCCGGAUCGACUCAUCCAACCCCAACCCCCUCAUGUUCUGGCUCCAUGGGAUACAGCUCGUGGCCCUCAAUUACCAGACAGAUGAUCUCCCUUUACAUUUAAAUGCCACAAUGUUUGAGGCAAAUGGUGGCUGUGGUUAUGUUUUAAAGCCCCCAGUCCUGUGGGAUAAAAGUUGUCCCAUGUAUCAGAAGUUUUCUCCACUGGAAAGAGACCUAGAUAACAUGGACCCUGCCAUCUAUUCUUUAACUAUUGUCUCUGGCCAAAAUGUGUGCCCUAGUAACAGCACGGGAAGUCCAUGCAUUGAGGUUGACGUCCUGGGCAUGCCCCUGGACAGCUGCCAUUUCCGGACGAAGCCCAUCCAUCGAAACACUCUGAACCCCAUGUGGAAUGAACAGUUUCUGUUCCGGGUUCACUUUGAAGAUCUUGUAUUUCUUCGUUUUGCAGUUGUGGAAAACAACAGUUCGGCAGUAACAGCUCAGAGAAUCAUACCACUCAAAGCUUUAAAACGAGGAUACCGACAUCUUCAGCUGCGAAACUUCCACAACGAAGUCUUGGAAAUCUCUAGUUUAUUCAUAAACAGCAGAAGAAUGGAAGAAAAUUCCUCUGGUGGUACAAUGCCAGCCUCUUUGAUGUUUAAUACUGAAGAGAGGAAAUGUUCUCAGACUCACAGAGUCACAGUGCACGGGAUCCCAGGUCCAGAGCCCUUUGCUGUUUUCACUAUAAAUGGAGGCACCAAGGCAAAGCAACUUCUCCAACAGGUUCUGGCAACUGAACAAGACACCAAACUUAUUGCCAUGGACUAUUUUCUGAUGGAAGAAAAACAUUUUAUAUCUAAAGAAAAAAAUGAUUGCAAGAAACAACCAUUCCAGAGAGCCGUGGGUCCAGAAGAAGAUAUCAUGCAGAUUCUAAGCAGCUGGUUUCCAGAGGAAGGCUAUGUAGGCAGAAUUGUCUUAAAACCCCAACAGGAAACCCUAGAAGAGAAAAGCAUUGUCCAAGAUGACAAAGAGGUAAUCUUGAGCUCGGAGGAGAGUUUCUUUGUCCAAGUGCAUGAUGUCUCUCCAGAGCAACCUCGAACCGUUAUCAAAGCUCCCCGUGUCAGUACUGCACAGGAUGUCAUUCAGCAGACCUUAUGCAAAGCCAAAUAUUCCUACAGCAUCCUGAGCAACCCCAACCCAGGGGACUAUGUACUUUUGGAAGAGGUGAUGAAAGAUGCGCCCAACAAGAAGUCUUCUAACCCAAAGUCCUCACAGAGGAUCCUUCUGGACCAAGAGUGUGUGUUUCAAGCCCAGAGCAAGUGGAAAGGUGCAGGAAAAUUCAUCCUCAAGCUAAAGGAGCAGGUGCAGGCAUCCCGAGAAGAUAAAAGAAGGGGUAUCUCUUUUGCAAGUGAACUCAAGAAGCUCACCAAGUCAACUAAGCAGUCCCGAGGACUCAUACCACCUCAGCUUGUGGCCUCAGAAAGUGUCCAAAGCAAGGAGGAGAAACCUAUGGGUGCCCUGUCCUCCAGUGACACAAUGGAUUACCGACAGUGACCACUGGCAGCAUGUUUGACCCAGGUUUAAACUGGAACUUGAUUUCUGAACUCCAGCCGUCUUCACACCUAUGUGAGGCACAUGCUGAAGACAAGCCAAAUGGCACAGCGCCGCCAACUCAUUUUCUGAAGAAUGAAGCAAAAAAGCCAGAGGAACAACCAUCCCUGGCCUGUAAUUGACUUAAGAGUCAACAAGCUUGGUCUGUAAGGGGCCAGAUAGUGAAGACUUCAGGAUUGGGUCCAUAUGGCCUCUGCUGUAAGGAUUCAGCUCUGCCAUUGGUGUGCAAAAGCAGCCACUGACAACAGGUACAUGGACGAUCAUGACUGAAAAAUAAAGCUUUAUUUAUGGACACGCAAAAUGGAAUUUCAUAUAAUUUCACAUGUAAAUACCAGGUUUUUCAACUACUUAAAAACUGUAAAAUCUGUUCUUAAUUCAAGGGCCAAACGGAAACAGGUGAAUUUGGCCCAAGGACCACUUUGCUGACCCAAAUUAGAGAACUGGGAACAAGAGGCACAGAGGUCAGAAACCAAGAAAAAUCAGUCAUGCAUUUAAUGGCUGUAGGUGGAAGUUUAGGGGUACUGUAAAUGUAAAUAUGUCCUUAAGAGUCAUUAAAAAUGAUUCAAAUCAGUUCCUAUACUGUGUCCCAAGGUGCACCCUUUAGGUUUCCUGUCUGCAUACAGAAUUACUCUUUUUUUAAAGGUUAUUAUUCAUAUGCCCGCAGAUUAAUCCAUUUUCAGUUUUCACAAAAUGAAUUUAGAUUAUGUAUAAUUUAAUAUCGUCUGAAUUAUGAUGUCUUAAUAAGGUACCUAAUCAUUUUUUUUAAAACCCAAAGCAGACUGAGUUGGUGUUUAAGGUAGAUUUAUUUAUUUUGUGAUGUUUGUACUGACACUGUCCUUAUGUAUUUAUUAGACAAAGCUUUCUUGAUAUUGCUGUGGAUUACAAGCAUUAGUAAUUUGAUCUAUUUCAAGAUAAAACCUAAAAUUAAAUGCUUACUCUGAACAUAAGAAUGGGCUAGACUCAAGUGAAAUAGCUUCGUCUUGUGAUUAAGAGCUGCUGGUCUGAGUCAUACUUACCGUUUGAUACAAAUUAUUUUUAAAAUAAUUUACCAUAAUUCACAAAGAUAUGAGCUAAGUACAAUGGAUUCUCCUUAUUCUUAGAAUAAAGGAAACCCUAACAUGACAGUU